AUGAGUGGAGUAGCAAGUUCUGGAGUUGCUGGAACUGCAGGUGGGGGGUUGCAAAAGGAGAUACAGCAAGUUACGGCUUUAUUGGAAAAUUUGAAAGUUUCAGAAUUAAAAACGAUAUGUAGGGCUAUUCAAUUAACAAUAUCUGGGAGAAAAGCAGAGUUACAGGAUAGAAUAAAGGAUUAUUUGAAAAGUUCGAUGGCCAUAGGCCGAAUAGAUCCUUGGAGACCCAAAGCUGUUAAGGUUCUUAUAGAAAAGGCGAAAGCCGGUGACCCACUCCCCCAAUAUGAUAUGGUAUGGCAAGCAAUGAAGACAGGUGCAUAUAUUCACCCAGUAGCAACAGGGCACCAACCUGUAAGCACAUUACAACAAAGAAAUAGAACUAAUGUAACAAGUACAUCAAGAGCAAAUCUUGUUAAUGGGAAGUUCAAACCGCCCCCGAUUGAUGUAGAUAAAAUUGAAUCUUUGCAUUUCAAGGAAUCUGUUUUUUAUAAAUUAAAGAAAGCCAUACCAGAGAGUCGCAUGAAAAUCAAGGUCACUCAUGUCAGAAUGGUAGCAACAGCUAAAUUUAGGAUAUCAAAAGCUGAUUACGAUUUAUUUCAAUCAAAUAAAAAUUUUAAGUUAUAUCUUUUCAGUGGGAUACUAAGCAGUUUUGGUUCACCAGGUAACGAACCUAUUCAAUUCCCAUAUCCAACUGAAAUUAAGUUCAACGAUGAGAAAAUAAAGGAUAAUGUAAGAGGUUUAAAGAACAAGAUCGGUACUGCAAACCCAGCAGACUUGACAGCUAAUAUAAAGGGACCGUUUGAACAAAAUAAUUUGGAAGUUAUCUAUGCUUCAAAUUCCAGUAUAUUUCUAAUGUGUUGUUAUAUAGUCGAAGAAGUGGAACCAGAACAAGUGCUUCAAAUUGUGCUAAAGAGUCCUAGGAUCAUUAAAGCUGCAACUUUGCAUUAUAUCAAACAAACUAUUUCGACAGAUGAUGAUGAUGACUUAAUAACGACAUCUACUGUGAUGAGUUUACAAUGCCCAGUAUCGUAUACUAGAAUGAAAUAUCCAGCAAAAAGCAUCAACUGUAAUCACUUACAGUGCUUUGAUGCUUUAUGGUAUCUCCACUCUCAAAGGCAGAUACCUACAUGGCAGUGCCCUGUAUGCCAAAUUUCUCUAAGUAUUGAAACAUUGGCUAUCUGCGAGUAUGUAGAUGAAAUCUUAAAAAGUUGUUCGGAAGAUGUUGAGCAGGUGGAACUUGCAGCAGAUGGUAGCUGGACACCAUUAGACGAAGAUGGAAACCAUAUUGGGAAAGCUAUAAAUACUAAAACCGAACUUAAAAAAACUGAGAAUACAAUCAUUAAGCAAGAAAAUUCUAAUGAAAUUGCAAGUUCCUUAGGAAAGGAAAGUUCUGUCUCAUCUCAGACUCACUCUAACCAACCUGAGCCUACUAUAAUCUCAUUAGAUAGUGAAGAUGAAAGUGAAGCAAGGAAUGACAAUACCAUGAUCAAUACGGCUACUAGUGAGGAGGCAACUUCCGAAGUUCCUCCUAGAGAAAAUGUUAGUAAGUCUUCAGUGAAUAAAGAACAUAACGAAGAUGACGAUGAUGAUGAUGACAGAGCGUUGACAAUGUUUUUAUCAAGAAUACCCCCCGUCAUACCACCUUCGCCAUCUGAAAGUAAUACAUCAACCAUUGAUGUGACAAAUAACGUAAGUAGUGGGAUUGAAAAUGCAUCUCUGAAUCAAGUAUCAAGAGAGGUAGCUACAAGAAAUGAUGAUUCUAGUAUUCGUACUGAAAUUAGUCAGUCCACUGCAAAUACUGGUAUCGCAACAGCGGAAUCAUCCCUAAAUACUGCUACUCCUACCGAUAUUUCAUCCGUAGCUUCGGGGAAUCCUACAUUAUCGCCAUCGGUUUCUAUUUCAGGUUCUGCAUUACCUUCAAUUUUCCGUAAUUCAUCACAAGUCCCAAGAACAUCUGGUAAUAAUAAUAGCACUGAUAAAAAUAAAGUACCAGGUGUUCAACUUCCAAGCAUUCCUAGCCAGGUGAAUAAUGAGAUUGAAGUUGCUGGAAAUUCAUUACUUGGAUUGUCGGGAAGCAUAAAUUUUUCAGCUCCUUCUUUGGAAAGAACUAGUCCAGUUCAGAGUAGUGUUAAUUCUAAUAAUAUACUUGGUAUAUCAGGUGAGAUACCUUCCUUUAAUUCUAACAGUGCAACCAAUACUUCUAAAGCAGUAGAAGUCACAAAUAACAGACAAAAUAGUGUGGAUACUUCACAUAACAAUCCUACGUUUAGAGAUGCUCCAGUUCCUCCAGGUAGAAAUAGAAAAACGACGGUAUCUCCAUUUAUACCUAAGAAACCUUAUCUUAACAUUCUACCCCAGAAGAGACAUAAUGUUGAGGGUACUGAUAAUUUGCCUGCCUCUCCGACGAGUAGACUUAGGUCAACUUCACCACAAGGACAAAUUCCUCGGUUAUCAGGAACUAUGGCAGGCAACCUUGGGGUUUCAAUGGAUGAAUCGGUUGGAAAUAGGGAAUCUAUUUCCUUACCAAGGUCGAAUAAUAUUGAUGAUUUAGAUAUAAUAGAUUUGACAUCUGACGAUUAA